ACAGACUGAACCUGGUAGCAGCUGUAGCAGAAGUAGACCGGCCAAUGUCACCGGGAGAGGAUGGAACCGGCAAAGCCGCCAAGGAUUCGUGAAGGUUGUCUCACCAGUCACCCCAUCGCUGCACCCUGAAGCUAUCAUCUGCUCAGCCUCUUCCCUUCAACCUCCCACAUCCAGUUCCUCUCCCCUCCUCCUCACCCUGCAGCCUAUUUAUACCCCGGAGAUUCAAAAGAAUCAAUUAAAGCUCCCACAGAUAACAAUAUGAGUUAAGCCACUCCAGCCCAGGGAUCCCUUUCAGGAUGACUGCCGUCUGCCCCUCUGAGAGCAGCCCAGAGGGGGCUGAAGCCGGGGCCGGGACAGCAGACACCGCAGGGAAUAGCUCCGUUUCCAGGGUUGAUUCCCGGGAGCAUAAGAGAGACUCUGUCUGUUCUGCUGGAGGCACAGCUGUAGUUACUAACGGCCAAAGACACAGUCGCUGGAGCCAACAGGACAGCUCUGACAUCAACACAGACGAUGAGGGAGCCACCAUCCGGCGCCUCACUCCCCUGGAAAGGCUCAACCUGGACAUGUGCCAGGAUGAAAGGGUAGUUCGUGAGCUGACAGUGGGCAGAAGAAUUGCCUUCUACAAGAUCCGUGGAGAAAUUGGAUGUGGAAAUUUCUCCCAUGUCAAACUUGGAAUUCAUGCUCUCACCAAAGACAAAGUGGCCAUUAAGAUCUUAGACAAAACCAAGCUGGAUCAGAAGACCCAGAGGCUACUGUCCAGAGAGAUCUCCAGCAUGGAAAAACUACACCAUCCAAACAUCAUACGCCUCUAUGAGGUGAUUGAGACUUUGACACGGUUACACCUGGUGAUGGAGUAUGCAUGUGGAGGGGAGCUCUAUACUAAAAUCACGACGGAAGGGAAACUUUCCGACACUGAUAGCAAGAUUGUCUUUGCUCAGAUCCUCUCUGCUGUUAAACACAUGCAUGAAAACAACAUCAUCCACCGUGACCUGAAAGCAGAAAAUGUCUUCUACACCAGCAGCUCGUGUGUCAAGGUGGGGGACUUUGGCUUUAGUACCCUGAGCUGCCGCGAUGAGACACUCAACACAUUCUGUGGCUCUCCACCGUAUGCUGCUCCAGAGCUCUUUCGGGAUGAGCAUUAUGUUGGGGUCUUUGUGGACAUCUGGGCCCUUGGAGUAAUGCUGUUCUUUAUGGUGACAGGCACCAUGCCAUUCAGGGCAGAGACUGUGGCCAAACUAAAGCGAUGCAUCAUGGACGGAGCCUACAUCCUACCCACUUGGGUGCCAGAGGCGUGCCAGAGGGUGAUCAGAGGAAUCCUCCAGCCCGUACCAUCUGAUCGCUUUACAGUGGAGCAGAUGAUGGGCUGUGAGUGGCUGCUCCCUGUGGACUUCCCACGUGCCAUGGAGCCGUUUAAACUCGAUCCAUCCUAUCUAGCAGAGACUGAUCAUUGUGAACUAUUAGAGGAAGAGCUGGAAGUAAAGGGAAAACUGGAGACAUUAGGAAUCACUUCAGAACACCUCAUCAAUAACCAGGGAAAAGACUCCAGGAGCUCCAUCACAGGGGUGUAUCGCAUCCUCCUACAUUGUGCUCACAAGAAACGGGUGGUUGAGACCAUACCUGCUGUCACACGGAAAGUUGCACCAACUACAGCAAGUAAAAAGGAACGUCUAAAGGUGUACCGAAGUUUACGACACACAUCUAAACUUUGUGUGAUUCUGUGACCAAAAACGUUCUUCACUCUGGAAAUGUAUUGACUUUAUGGUUUGGGUUGAAAUUGCAUGGAUUCUACUAGCAAAAUGAAAACAUGCUUUUCAGUCCAGCAGCAUAGAUUAUCCUCAGAUAAUCUAAUACAAGUUAUAGAAGACCCAAUUCACCUCCUGAAACCUGGUAUUUCUUUUUCUGUUACAGUGGGGCAAAAAAGUAUUUAG